CUCCUCCCAACUCCGUGACUGAACAAUAACCGUGCUCCUCUGUCCAGAAGUAACUGACUGUCAGCCAUGUUCCUGCCUUCGCGCACAUUACUGCAGUGUCCAUCACAACCAGCAGGUCCAGCAGGAGCAGAGCACACACUCCCCCUGCCUGCUGCAGCCAUCUGGAGACCGUUUCGUUUGGAAGGACUCACUUCCCUGAACGAACCAUCAUCAUGUCUAUGAGCUACAGUCUCAGUUGGGAUUAACUAAUUUGGGACUCAGCACCACCAGCAGUUUGUUCAUCUCAAAAAAUGACUGCAAGCUAGCCGGCUGAGCAGAGCACCGGGACCCCUGUUCACUCCAUCCCACCUGCAGCCAUGAAUGGUGCUCAAAGUAUUUGGACCAUCACUUCAGAAGAGCGAAGCAAGCAUGACAAACAGUUUGACAGCCUCUCUCCAACUCUUGGUUAUGUGCCAGGAGACCUGGCACGCAAGUUCUUCCAGCUGUCUGGUCUCCCAGCUUCGGUGCUGACAGAAAUAUGGACCCUUGCAGACCUAACUAAGGAUGGGAAGAUGGACCGCCUGGAGUUUUCCAUCGCCAUGAAGCUCAUCAAGCUGAAGCUGCAGGGCCAGAACCUGCCCACCUCGUUGCCCAUCAUCAUGAAGCAGCCGCCUGCACCAUUACCAGUUCCAGUCUCGUCAGGCUUUGGCAUAGUGGGAUCCAUGCCCAAUCCAUCAAUGAUGCCCACUGUACCCAUGAUGUCUUCUGUGCCACUGGCCACCUCGAUGACCCCUAUGGCUCCUAUGAGUGUGAUGCCUCCGCUGAUGUCUGGCACUGUUCCUCUGAAUCUAUUGCCCUCGCUCAGCGCGCCAGCUCUGCCCAAUGGUAUUCUCCAGCCUUCCCCUGCUGCUCUUGCACCAUCUGUCCACAACUCCUUCUCUCCGUCUCCUCUGGGAUUCAACAACACAGACGCGACCAAGGCACAGUCUCUGCUGGAUAUUGGGUCAAGCAGCUCAAAUUCUUCGUCCUCCAAUUCCCCGGCGAGCAGCUCUCCCAAAGGGGGCUUCUCAGACUGGGCGGUGCCACACUCAUCUCGGCUCAAAUAUCGACAGCAGUUCAACAGCCUUGACAAACAGAUGACUGGCUAUCUCUCUGGUCCUCAAGUCAGGAAUGUACUUACAGCAUCACAGCUAACACAGACUCAGCUAGCCAACAUUUGGAACCUGGCAGAUGUGGAUAAGGAUGGGAAGCUGAAGGCAGAGGAGUUUAUCCUGGCUAUGCAUCUGGUAGAUAUGGCCAAAACGGGACAACCACUUCCCCUGAGCCUGCCUAUGGAACUUGUACCUCCUUCCUUCAGGAGUGGGAGUUUGGGCGACCUGACAAACGGCACAAUCCCUUCCGUCUAUGUAGGAACCUCUGAGGACGUUGAGACUAAGCCACCACAGAAAGCAAAGAACAAUGUAACUUUUGAGGACAGGCGCAAGGAGAAUUUUGACCGAGGCAACGCGGAGCUGGAGAAGCGGCGGCAGGCCCUGCAGGAGCAGCAGCGGCGGGAGGAGGAGCGCUUGGCACAGAAGGCCCGCGAGGAGCAGGAGCGGCGUGAGCAGGAGGCACGAGAGCUGGAACGGAGGAGGCAGCUGGAGCAGGAGCGCCGGCUAGAGCGCCAGCGUGACAUCGAGAGGCAGAAGGAGGAGGAGCGGCAGAGGGAGCUGGAGCGCAAAGAGCUCGCCAAACAGGAACUAGAGCGCCAGAGGAGACAGGAGUGGGAGCAGAGGAGACGGCAGGAGCUGUUGACACGCAGGAACCAGGAGCAAGAGGACAUUGUACAGUUGAAGGCCAAGAAGAAGAGCUUGGAGAUGGAGCUAGAAGCUGUGGGCAACAAACACAAGCAAAUCUCAGACCGUCUGCGGGAAGCCGCGAGCAAGAAGAAGAUUCAGAAGGUGGAACUGGACCUGGUCAACCAAAAGCGGGAGUACCACAUUCUGGAGAUUGACACACUGCAAAAGCAGUUUGAGGACUAUCAGAAGAAACUCUCUCAGCUAGUUCCAGAGCAUCAGAGGCUAAAAGAGAAGCUGAAUGAUUUGGGCUUCAGCAACUUGCCUAACUCUACGUUGAAUACUUUGAAAAAUGGCGUGAAAGAAAAAGAUCUUACGUGCCGGAAGCUGAAGGAGCAGCUGGACACCUUGGAAAAGGAGACGUCGGCAAAGCUGUCCGAGGUGGAUGAGUACAACAAGACCCUCAAGGAGCUCCGAGAGAGCCAGAGGAAGCAGCAGUUGGCUCUAGACAAGCUCUGCGGGAUAAAGGAGGAGAAGCUCUGUGAGCUGCAGAGACGCAGGGAGCAGUGUUUGGAGAAGAGGAAAGAAGAGGAGGAGGCCAUCAGACGAGCAAAGCUGGAGAAGGAGCGCUUAUGGCAGGAGAAGCUCCAGCAAGACGAGGAUGCACGUCAGAGGCGCCUGCAGGAAGAGCGGGAAGCAAAGCUCAGGGCAGAGGAGGCAUCCGAAGUCCUCAAUCGCCAACAAGCUGCUAAGGAGCAGAAGGAGGGAGAGAGCUGGGCCGUUGCCAAGGAGCAGCGGAGGGAAGCCGAGAGGACGGAGGGAGAGAAGUGGCAAAAACAGCACAGCAGACCUUUGGCCAGACAGGAGGAGGUGGCAAAGCAGCAGAACUCCACAAAGACUGAGAUUCCAGAUGAUCAGCAUGAUGCCUUCCAUUCCAUCACUACUGCAGAUAGGAAAUCUGCAAACUUUGCUAUGUACAGAGCCCUCUACCCAUUCAGCGCCAGAAAUGAAGAUGAGUUGACUUUUGAGGUGGACGAUCUUAUUGAGGUGGACGAAGGGACAGCAGGUGAACCAGGAUGGCUGUAUGGCAGCCUCCGGGGGUUGUCGGGUUGGUUUCCGGAGACCUACGCAGAGAAGCAAUUCAGACCCAAACCCCUGGCUGUCAUCAGAAAGGCCCCACCGCCCCCGUCCACAUCAUCUGUCUCCAGUUGCAAAGCAACAGAAGCUGAUGCCUCCCUGAGGGAUGGCGACGUGCCUGGUGCUACACAUCAGAACGCAUCUGCCUUAACCCCUACCCACAUGCCUGGGAUGGCCUCUGCAGAGCACACAAAGAUGGAUGGUAACCUUCAGGCCCAGGCUCUGUGCUCCUGGAUGGCAAAGACAGAGAACGACCUGACUUUCUCCAAAGAUGACAUGAUCACCGUGCUGGAGGAGCAAGACAACUGGUACCUCGGGGAGCUGGAUGGGGUCCAGGGCUGGUUCCCCAAGAGCUACGUCACACUGUUGCCUGGAAGAGAUACUAACCCAGAUUUGACAUAUCCCACUGUAGAUGGAAGUGAUUCCACAGAAGCUUCUCCACUAGAAGAGUAUGUGGCCCUAUACACCUAUGAAAGCCCAGAACCAGGGGAUCUGACCUUCAGCCAGGGGGACACCAUCCUGGUGACAGAGCGGGAGGGCGAGUGGUGGCGAGGCUGCAUUGGAGACAGGGCCGGAGUCUUUCCCUCCAACUACGUAAAGCCCAAGGAGAUUGAUGCCUCUAGCAAUAAUGGAAGACCUGGUCUUUCUGGAAAGAAACCAGAGAUUGCCCAGGUAUCAACGGCCUAUGCAGCAACUGGCUUGGAGCAGCUGAACCUGGCACCGGGGCAACUCAUUCUCAUCCUCAGCAAGAACCCUACGGGUUGGUGGCUGGGCGAACUGCAGGCCAGAGGUAAAAAGCGUCAAAAGGGCUGGUUCCCCGCCUCCCAUGUUAAACUUCUCGGUAGCAACAGUGGAAAGUCUACGCCGGCACUGGUUCCACUCUGUCAGGUUAUAUCUAUGUAUGACUACAGUGCAGUCAAUGAAGAUGAGAUGAGCUUCAGCAAGGGUCAGCUGAUUAAUGUACUGGACAAAAGCAACCCAGAUUGGUGGAGAGGAGAAGUCAACGGAGUUACAGGCCUCUUUCCGACCAACUAUGUUAAAAUGACCACUGCUGAAUGUGACCCCAGCAAGCAAUGGUGCGCUGAUUUGAUGAGCCUGGACACCAUGACCCCGAUGGAGAGGAAGAGGCAGGGAUACAUUCAUGAGCUCAUUGAGACAGAAGAGCGUUAUGUGGAGGACCUGCAGCUGGUUCUGCAGGUUUUUCACAAGCCGAUGUCCGAGUCAGGCCGUCUGACCGAGUCAGAGAUGGGCAUGAUCUUCAUCAACUGGGACGAGCUCAUUUCAUGUAACACUGCGCUGCUUCAGGCCCUACGAGCAAGGAAGCAGAGCGGUGGCGAGAAAAUGCCUGUGCAGAUGAUUGGUGACGUCCUGGCAACACAGCUUUCCCACAUGCAAGCCUAUGUCCGCUUUUGCAGCUGCCAGCUGGAUGGCGCCGCUCUGCUACAGCACAAAACUGACGAGGAACCGGACUUUAAGAACUUCCUCAAGAAAAUUGCCACUGAUUAUCGCUGCAAAGGCAUGCCCCUGUCCAGCUUUUUGCUCAAACCCAUGCAAAGGAUCACUCGCUACCCACUUAUCAUCAAGAAUAUACUAGAGAGCACUCCUGAGACACACACAGACCGUGGGCACCUGCAGGAGGCACUGGAGAAAGCAGAGGAGCUCUGCCUACAGGUCAAUGAAGGGGUUAGGGAGAAAGAGAAUUCAGACCGGCUGGAAUGGAUACAGAACCACCUGCAGUGUGACGGCAUCAUCGAGAAUUUAACCUUCAAUUCCUUGACCAACUGCCUGGGUCCCCGGAAGCUCCUGCACAGCGGGAAGCUGUACAAGUCCAAGAGCAAUAAGGAGCUUUAUGCGUUCCUCUUCAGUGACUUCCUCCUGUUCACCUAUGCCAUCAAGCAGUUUUCCUCAUCUGGGCCAGACAGGCUCUUCAGUUCCAAGUCCAAUGUGCAGUUCAAGCUCUACAAAACGCCAGUGUUUCUGAAUGAAGUUCUGGUCAAAUUGCCUUCGGAUCCCUCCAGCGAUGAGCCAAUUUUCCACAUCUCUCACAUCGACCGCGUUUACACACUCAGAACAGAAAACAUCAAUGAAAGGACAGCCUGGGUGCAGAAAAUUAAAGCUGCAUCAGAAAAUUUCAUUGACACAGAAAAGAAGAAGCGAGACAAGGUCUACCAAGCACGUUCUGUAAAAGCCAGUGGAAUUGGACGCCUGCUUGUCACUAUCCAGGAGGCCACAGAGCUCAAGUCCAGCAAAGCCGGUGGGAAGUGUAACCCAUAUUGUGAGGUGACAAUGGGAGCACAAUGCUACACCUCCCGAACUCUGACAGACUCCCUCAACCCCAGAUGGAAUUUCAACUGCCAGUUCUUCAUCAAAGACCUGUACCAGGAUGUCCUGUGCAUUGCAAUCUUUGAGAAGAACCAGUUUUCCCCUGAUGACUUCCUGGGCCGCACAGAGCUUCCUGUGGCUACCAUUAAGAAGGAAUUUGAGAACAAGGGCCCAUCAAACCGACGAUUGUUGCUUCACGAAGUACCAACCGGGGAGGUAAUGGUCCGACUGGAUCUACAGCUGUUCAGCCAGAAAACGUGAUGGUGGGGUAUUGCGACUUUUCAUGCAACUGCUAUGGAGCUUAUCAAAAAAUGAAUGUUUGAGCACUGAAUGUUUGAUUUAUUUUUACCUUCCACUGGUAUAAAAACUGCCUUUGCUAACUGUAUUUCAAUACAGAGGACAUGAAACUACAGUGCAUUUAUGAAACUGUUUACGUAAUAAAAAUAUCUGUAUAUUUGAAGGUGUAACGUAUGAAGACAGUAAGAAUUUAAAUUUUUUUGAACCUACAACCAACAGUACAGUUAUCUCAGGACUGUAUUAUUGGCUAAACAGAAAACCUUGACUGAGGAAAACCUUUUUAGAAUUAGCUUGAUUUCUUUUGUAUUCUAAUAAUUAUCAAAAAUAGAUUUUUAUAACA